CCGAGGGUGGAGCUGCGUUUGAUGCUCACUUGUUUCACGUCCAUUGUUUACACCUGUCUGGCUGCGCGCCUGGUAUUCGUCCGAUUUUAGACCCAUCGUCGACUUGAAAUGCUCUCUGCGUAAACGAACCGAAGAGGAAAAUGCCGCUGAACGCAGAUGUGUCGACUGCCCUCCAGCUGUUGGAGGGCAUCCAGCAAUCAAUACAGUCCUGUGAUGACCCCAAGUUGGAGGCGCACGCCACUGCUGACCUCAACCUUCUCAUCUCUGUGCUGGAAAACCCUGUUUUCAGGGGCAUCUGCACCAUGCAGGACGCAUUGGGUGAACUCAAUAAUCAAAUCCAGGCACAUCCAUCCUUGCUUCCCGGAGACUUUGAUCUUGAUCCGGUGGGACACCUAGUCUUAAAUGUCCCACCUGCCACAGCUGGGGUGAUGUUUGAAGGCCGAGGUUUUGAGCCAGAUGACCAACGAGUGCCAGUAGCAAAGCUUUCAGUCAGCUCGUCCUCCGGCGGGGAAGCAACUUCACCUCAGGUGGCUAGUCCAAAUAUGAUGGGACUUGGAGAUCGGCUGCCACAGACUCCAAUCACAACGCCAACAUACGCUUUAGAAUUCCAAAAGGCCAUUGAAGCUGCCUCGCUCGGACGAGACGUACACACUGUGCAGCUUUUCAAGCCAGAAGGAAGCAGUCUUGGCUUCAGUGUAGUUGGCCUGAGAUCUGAAGAACGAGGCGAACUUGGAAUCUAUGUCCAAGAAAUUCAACCCCCUGGCAUUGCUGGACGAGACGGUCGUCUUCAAGAAGGAGACCAAAUCCUCGCCAUCGAUGGACAACCGCUGGACGCUGACAUUUCUCACCAGCAGGCCAUUAGCAUCCUGCAGCAGGCGCGUGGCCUGGUGGAGCUGGUGAUCGCACGUCAGAGAUCAUCCGUGCUUGAUCAAUCUUCGUUACCUGCGUCUCUCACGCCAACCUCGCCUGCGGUAGCGCGCUCACCUUCGGCUACAUCGGACACAUCCAAGGCAGGAUCAGACAUGGUGCUGAACACCGAAUGGGCGCAAGUCGAAGUGAUAGACCUGGUGAAUGAUGGAUCGGGACUCGGUUUCGGCAUCAUCGGAGGACGCAGCACCGGUGUCGUGGUCAAGACCAUCUUGCCCGGAGGCGUCGCUGACCGGGACGCUCGACUGCAGAGUGGCGACCACAUCCUGCAGAUUGGGGAGGUCAACCUGCGUGGCAUGGGCUCGGAACAGGUGGCCGCAGUGCUGCGCCAGUCCGGAUCUCACGUUCGGCUGGUGGUGGCGCGCCCUGUUGAGCCCACAUCGCCCGACUACCAGGCCCUCGGCAGCCACGCUCCGAUCGUCCCCACCAAAAUCUUGGGAGACGCUGAAGAGCUGGACAGGCACCUCAUUCAAAAUGGCUACGGCAAACCCAUCUCCUCCACCUCCACCAUGGCCUCUGAUCUUCAGUACAACCCCAACCUUUACAUCUACAACCAGGCGCAGGACGGAGGCGAAAUCGAGCUCCAUCCACAACCAGGAAUGCUGAUCGAUGUGGUGGGUGGUCAGUUGCCAGACAUCUCGAUGGGCCUCUUGGGGUCAGAAGAUUCUACUGAGCCACUCCCCGAAAUGGACGUGUUUGAGGUGGAGUUGAAAAAAGACACCCACGGGCUUGGCAUUACCAUCGCUGGCUAUGUUUGUGAAAAAGAGGAAUUGUCGGGUAUUUUCGUCAAGAGCAUAAGCAAGGGCAGUGCAGCCGACGUGUGCAGGAAAAUCGCAGUCAACGACCGUAUUGUAGAAGUAGAUGGCCAGACUCUGCAGGGUUUCAACAACCACCAGGCUGUUGAAGUGCUGAGAGCCACAGGUCAGCUGGUCUGCCUUCGUCUCGAACGCUACCUUCGCGGCCCCAAAUUCGAGCAACUCCAGCAAGCCAUUGCCAACUCUGAAGUAAAACCCACCACUCCAAACUCGCCUUCCAUUGUGUCGCUUCCACAUAUUCCAAUUAGUUCUGCUGCUGAAAGUGAAACCAUCAUUGAACCUGAUGGUGAAUCGAGGACCACUAUUGAUUCAAUGAUUCUUUUGGAGUCGACUUUGGGUCUUGAUUUGAGUACUGUUGAGGCCAAUAACGCCUUUGUUGCCCUCGCUAAUGUUGAAAAGCUGAUUGACCAGCAUUAUGACGGAGAACUCUCUCCGGCCGUGGAAGAUGCUUUGGUUGCCAAGUGGGGUCAACUCAUGGGACCUGAUGUGGAGAUAGUGGUUGCUCAAUUGUCCAAGGGAGAAGGUGGAGGUCUUGGAAUCAGCCUUGAAGGCACUGUCGAUGUAGAGGACGGGCAAGAGGUACGGCCGCACCAUUACAUUCGCUCAAUUCUUCCUGAUGGGCCUGUUGGCAAGAAUGGACGGCUCAAUGGUGGAGAUGAACUUCUUGAGGUGAACGGCUGCCGACUUUUAGGCCUCAACCACGUUGAAGUGGUUGCAAUUCUCAAAGAUUUGCCUCUCCACGUUCGAAUGGUUUGUGCGAGAAAGCCAGGCGAACAGGCAGCUCGCGUAAUUGACACCUCACAGGACAGGGCUGCUUUCGUCUCCCGAAGCAUCUUGGGUGGAAGUCUUCAGAACUUAAUACCGGCCACUGAUCGGCUCGUCAAGGCCAAGUCCGAUGGCUCAUUGGCGUCCUCUGCCACUGCAGGAACGGACUCAAACAGUUUCUCUCGCAUGAAAUCUCGCUCUCUUGAACCACUCACUGGCCUGGCCAUGUGGAGCUCUGAACCACAGGUCAUCGAAUUGGUGAAGGGUGAUCGGGGACUUGGAUUUAGCAUCCUUGACUAUCAGGAUCCGAUGAAUCCCAGCGAAACUGUCAUUGUCAUCCGCAGUCUGGUGCCGGGCGGUGUUGCUCAGCAGGACGGCCGACUCAUCCCUGGCGACCGACUGCUCUUCGUGAACAACACGAGUCUGGAGAACGCUUCCCUCGACCGGGCCGUGCAAGCUUUAAAAGGCGCCACUCGCGGCGUGGUGCGCAUCGGAGUGGCCAAGCCGCUGCCUCUGCCCGACACGACCGGAGGCUCCUCCCCCACUAGCCAGGGUCUCUUUUUCAACGACGACGAACCGCUCGCCGAGCAGGACGAGGUCGAGGUACCUGGUAGCAAUGCGGGCAGUGCCACUGUAGACGCGCGCUCCAUUUUGAGUAGUUGCAGCGGAGACGUCUCGCUCGGACUCGAGGACCAGUCGGAGCCGGUACCACAUUCCCCAAAAAUUUCCAAACAAGACAUAUCGCAGGCGGCAGUCGAAAUUUUGCUGGCGGAGAAACUGCAACUUCUGGAACAGCAGGUGCCCAAUGGAGUUGGCGUGGCCGUCGACGACGAGGAAGAAUCGAGUCUGACAGAAGUGGAACAGGUUGAAGCUUUAAGAAAAAGUCCCGAAGAAAACGUGAGUGACCUUCCGGAGGUGGAGCAGCCAAGGGUGGAAGAGGCGCCGGCGCCUCAAGAGGAGGAGGAAAAGCCCCCGGAAGAGUUGACCCCAGUGACCGCUGUUGAAACGACAAUCCGCAUGCCAAAGGCACCGUCGGAACCACUGGGCAUCGCCGUUGAGGCGGAGGGUGGAUUUUUUGGCGGCGCCAUCGUCAGCGCUGUUCUGCCUGGCGGCGCCGCGUUCAGGGACGGCCGUCUCAAGACAGGCGUCGAGUUGUUGGCCAUCAACAACGAGAACUUGCGCAGGGUCACGCAGGCACAGACCAACGCCAUCCUCCGAAGGGCCGCCCUCCUCUCAUCAGAUGUUAGUGUCACGUUUGUGCCUGCGCCGCCCUUGGUGGAAUUCAGCCCCUCUGCAGACUGCCGCCCCAUCCCCGUCUUACCUGUCGGUCUGCCCAGCAGCAAAACAGUGCCACCUCAGCUGCCUUCCUUCACACAGCAACACUCGUUGAUCUCACCGAGCCCUCCCACGGUUCCGCCUCCGCCGCCGCCCUGCCAAAAGCCGGAGCCGGAGGAGUUGAGCCCCGCAAAUGAAUCUACUCGCCCUCUCAGCCGGACUGAAGGCGCUCUAGACGAGGACGAAGAGGACAAGACUGACGCCAAGGAGUGCGUGACUGUGAUCAGCGUUGACCACGGCGCUCCGUCGCCGCCCGCAUCUCUACCUACUCAACAGGAGCCAUCAACUCCUCCACCUCCUCCCCCGAGGCCAAGGAGCAGAUCACGGACCGAGAUCUUGAUCGGCAGCGACACCCCACCCAGGAUCCAGAGCGUCGAAAUCACCUCACCUGUGCCCUUCGCAGCGGUUGAAGCGGCAAGUCCGCCGCCAGAGGAGGGAAAGCAGAAAAUGACCAUAACCCAGAGUUCGUCGUCAGCAAAGGCAGGCGCGAACCAAAUGGCCAAGCACUGGGGCCCCGAGAGGCUCGUCGAGGUGUCUCGAGAACCCAGCACCAGUCUCGGAAUCAGCAUUGUUGGCGGAAAGGUGGAUCUGUACAAUGCUGGACCUGAAAGUGGCUCAGCCAUCACAGGCAUCUUCAUCAAGAAUGUGCUGCCGAACAGCCCCGCCGGUAAAACCGGAGAGCUCAAAACAGGCGACCGCAUUCUGGAGGUUGACGACGUUAACCUGCGGACGGCCAGUCACGAAAGGGCCGUUGAAGUGAUCAGGGCUGCUGGGAACCCAGUUCGGUUCCUGGUCCAGUCAUUGAUCCAGUGGAGCAUGGACAGUGAGACGGAAAGUCUCGGCGUCCCAUCAACCUCAGCCACGCCCCUUGGAUUCAGGGAGAAGAGCAUUCCUCCCGAGGUGCCUCUCUCUGUCACUCCGUUGCCAGAGUUGAUCCAGGAGGGCAUGGACGAUCUAGCAAAACAAGGCCAAAAUCAUGUAACUGGGACCACAGAGAAUGAGCCUGCAGCUACCAAACCUGCCCCAGUUGAUAAGCAGCAGUCCAAGAAAUACUCCAGCGACGAAGAAAGCUCGGACGACGAGGAUGUCCGAGACCAGGAAGGUCGAAUCACCACCAAAGGAGGAGAGGAGAUUAUGAGAUCCAGUGCUGGAAAUGUCAAACGAACAGCUGAAGAGAUUGCCGCCGACCCGGAGCAGGAUGACAUCUACGGAUACACCACCAAUAAAGUGAAGAAGAAGUACGGAGCUCUGAAGGGUACACUGAUGAUCGCCGCCCUCGAAAGGGGUCAACAGGGGCUGGGCAUCAGCUUGGCCGGCCACAAGGAUCGAAACCGGAUGGCGGUGUUUGUGUGCGGCCUUAACCCCAGCGGAACCGCCUGCAAAGAGGGCACCCUCAAAGUCGGAGACGAGAUUCUCGAAGUCAAUGGCUGUGUAGUGCAGGGAAGAUGUCACUUGAACGCAUCCGCGAUGAUCAAGGGCCUGGCUGGACCGCUCUUCAAGGUGAUUGCACUGAGACGAGAUUCAGCGCUGGGAGAGCUGGCCGUGAAACCAAUUACUCAGUUCCCGGUUUCCUUAGAAGAUGAGAGCAUCGAGGACAGAUAUGCAAAAUUCAAAAACCUCAGAAUUGUGACCCUCAAGAAGGGGCCCCAAGGCCUGGGCAUCAUGAUCAUUGAAGGAAAGCAUGCCGAAGUCGGGCAGGGUAUUUUUAUCUCUGACCUCCAGGAGGGAAGUGCAGCUGAACAGGGCGGCAUUAGUGUCGGAGACAUGAUUCUCCAGGUCAACAAAGAUACGCUUCUGGGUCACAAUUACGAUUCUGCCGCCGCCAUGCUGAAGCGAACGGAGGGUGUCGUCACCCUGGUCGUCUGCAACCCUGGCAAAAAGGAAAAAGAGGAACCGCCCGAGCCCCCAGCGGACCCCGCCACCUGCCCCAUCAAGCCCGGCAAGGAAACCACCAUCGAGGUCAACAAGGACAAAAUGGGCCUCGGCCUCAGCAUUGUUGGAGGAUCAGAUACACUGCUGUCGGCCAUUAUUAUACACGAAGUUUACCCUGAUGGUGCUGCUGCCAAGGACGGCCGCCUUCGCCCCGGUGAUCAAAUUCUUGAGGUGAACAGUGAAGACUUCAGGAGCACCACUCAUACGAAAGCCCUGGCUGUUCUCAGACAAACUCCUGCCAAGGUAAAAAUGGUGGUGCUGCGUGAAGAAGCUGCCAAGGAGGAGGACCGGUACGACGCCCUUGACGUCGAGCUGGUCAAGAAGCCUGGCAAGGGCCUGGGCCUCAGCAUUGUUGGCCGCAAGAACGGCACCGGUGUGUUCAUUUCCGAUGUGGUGCAUGGAGGAACUGCGGAAGCCGACGGCCGUCUCAUGAAGGGUGACCAGAUCCUCGCAGUCAACGGCCAAGACCUGAAGAGUGCCUCACAAGAAGAAGCCGCCGCCGUGUUGAAAACGGUGGCCGGAAAAGUCAACAUGAAGCUCGGCCGGUUGAAGCCUGCGAGGAAAGGCGGUGCUGCCAACGGCACUGACAAGUUGGAGCCUGAAGAGCCUCCGCUGGACAGACUAACGCCCCCUCCCAUUCCGCCCCUGCCAACUGCCUCGUCAAUAGCCGCCGCCGCCUCCGCUGCCGCCCCUCCGCCCCCGCUAGCAUGCCGCGAGGUGAGACUGGCCCGGCGGCCAGACGGCCUCGGCUUCAGCAUCGUCGGUGGGCACGGCUCGCCGCACGGCGACUUGCCCAUCUACGUCAAGACCGUGUUCGAGAGCGGCGCCGCCGCCACGUCCGGCGCCAUCCGCCGAGGCGACCAGAUCGUUGCCGUGGACAACCUCCCGCUGGAGGGGCUCACGCACCAAGAAGCGGUCGCCGUCCUCAAACACGCCACUGGCCCCGUCGUCACGCUCACCAUCAAGCCGUGAACAAUCUGAAUUCAAUGACAAAUCUUCCAUCGCUCCACUCUGAAGCCUACGCGAUCUUGAUGCCAUUUUUUUACUCGAUUGCCAAUUAGGAUUUUAAUUAUUAUUUUUUUUCUCUUCUUAUAGUGGAAGGAAAUGAUUAAUAGAAUGAACCAAUUAUUUCCAGAUCUCACUGCCUGUAGUUUAUAUAAUUUAUUUUUUAUCCCCCAAAGUGAUAAAAAAAAAAUGCCAUCUUGAUCAACUCAGGCUGUUUUAUUGCUACUUUGAUUAGAGAUCUCGGUAUUUUUGAAUGUGCAGUGCUCGGCAAGACACGUGUGGAUCUAUGAGAACGCUCGGAUUUUUUAGCUAAAUGGGACCAUAGGAGUGAUGCGACACAAAAGCAAGUUUUCUCUGCUACUUUGUACAUAAUGUAUGUAGAAGAAGAAGAGGAUACUUAAUUAAUUUAUUAAGGAUCGAGCUCGGUUGUGUUGUUGAAUUGCCCCCUUUUUACGCUGCUGAAAUAAUUAUAUUGAUAAAUGACACACCUGUCCGCUCUUGUUACACGAAAAUAAGAAAAUUGUUGUAUGAAAGCCCCCUUGACUCUGCGAUAUUUAUAUACACUGGAAAAAGACUCCUGACUAACUAAAAGAAUGUUCGCCUCAACGAGAUGUAAUUUUCAUUUAACUAAGUUGUAAAAGGCAAUAAUGAAUGUUCUCGGAUGUGAGAGAGAGAAGCUUUUAUUACUCUAGGGUGAAUCUCUUUUUAUUAUUGACUACUACUUAAAAGAUGAGGAAGAACACAAGGUAGACUUCUUAAAUUAUCCGAUGGUUACUAAGAUGUAGCAGCUCUAUUGUUAUACUGAAAUUUAAAAUAUAAAUUCAAAGUGGUAAUUAUACUUAAUUAUAAUUUUAAAACAAAGAAGCAAAAGCUGCGGCCAUAUCAAACAACAAAUUACUUAUAAUUGAUGAAGAAUGCUUAAUAUAUAUAUUUGUUUUGAUGUGGAAAAGAGAGAGAACAUAAUAUAUAUUAUAUUAUACGCAAAAAGAGGUUAAAUCUGUUCAAGUUGUAUUUGCCAUUGAGUGUGCCGUAAUUUUAGAACAUGAUAGAGUUUUAAUUUUAUCUGUUACAAAGACUCUUCUGUUAGUGUUGAUCUGAUAUCUGAACUUAAUUCUUUCCUGUUUGGAAAGAAAAUUUAACAAAUUUUAAAUGUCAAAUGAAAAUAAUAUACGAAGGAAACUUGAAUCAUCAUACGUUGGAUCAUGGUUUUGAGAGAAAUUUGUAAAUAUUAAAAAUGCUGAUGUAUUUUUAAUCACUACAGUUAAUAAAGCUAUACUGUAAUAAAAGCUGAUGCAUUUUAUA